GAGAGAGAGGUGGGGUAGAGAGAGAGAGGGUGGGAGGAAGAAAAGAGUAACAAGAAAUUCAUAGCAAUUAAUAACAAGAGUUGGCAGUUGGACUUGGAAAACUGGCAUGGUUUUUGGAGGCUGGCAGUUCAAAGUUGAAACGUCAAAAAUGACUCCAAAAGACUGUUGAGAUGAUCAUUAAGGGAGACUUAGAUCGGAUGGCAGAAGAGAUCGGGCAUCCAGCGCCCACACGAUCAGGCUUAGCACUCCAAGGACCAAAGGGGGCUCAGAUAUCUGCUGUUUUAGGUGGCGGUCUGACGACGAUGCUGGAUGCCAUGGAAGUCCCAAGUCAUGCUAGGCACCUCCUCCUGCAGCUCAACACCCAGCGCACCAAGGGCUUCCUGUGUGAUGUCAUCAUCGUGGUGCAGAACGCAUUGUUCCGAGCCCACAAGAACAUUCUGGCCGCCAGCAGCCUCUACCUGAAGUCCCUGGUAGUCCAUGACAACCUAAUCAACCUAGACCACGAGAUGGUGAGUCCCGGCGUGUUCCGGGUCAUUCUUGACUACAUCUACACGGGCCGUCUGACUGAGGGAGAGCCCAGCUCCCCUACAGAGCCCAACUUGGGGGCUGUGCUGGCUGCGGCUAGCUAUCUGCAGCUGCUGGACUUAGUGGCACUUUGUAAGAAAAAGCUGAAGAGAAAUGGGAAGUACCCUCUCCGCCCACCUGCUUUUCUGCCAUAUGGGAAGAUGGGUCCCAAUAGUCUGGGCAGGUAUCGAGUGUCCACGCCUGUUAUUCAGUCCUGCUUCCAAAGGGGAGUUGUGAACACCCACACUCCCCGUGCCCCACCACUAGAGGAGCUUCCUCCCCACCCUCUGGCCACACAUGUAGGGGAGCUGUAUGCCCCUGUCUCCUCCCAGGUUCCCCAGGUGUUCCCCUCCUCACAGCCAGCCCUGCAGGCUCAGCCCAGCCUGCACUCAGCCCACUCUGACAGGAACUGCUCCCCUAUCUUCGGUCUGGACCUUUCCAAGAAGAGCCCCAACUCCCAGUCCCAGCACACGCCCUCCCACCCUCACCUGGUCCACGCCCUGCCCCACACCGAUGAGGAGCGGGAGCGGGAGAUGAGCAGCCGUGCCAGCCCCAUGAUGGGGGCCAAUGGCGGGGCCUACCCGUCGGAGAAGAUGGAGGUGGCUGAUCAGGCAGGGUCUCUCCCUCCUCACCCCUACCCCCACCUCAACCAGCCUCUAGGCCCACACCUGCCCCACCUCCACAGAUCCAGCUCCCAGGGCCCAGACCACUACCCCUGCCCCCCCAGCCCCGAAACCCCCACGGAAGCAGGAGAACCCGGAAGAGAGGUGGGCAACAUCUACCGCUGGGUGAAACCUGAGCCCCUGUCCUACACAGCCGAGGAUGAAGACGAGGAUGAGGACGAGGAGGAAAGGGGUGGAAGCGGAGACCAAGACAACCAACAUCACAAUCACCAUCACAAGGCGGGGGAUGAGGUCGAGGACCGCUACCGUGAGGUGGGCUGCGACGGGGAGGACGACAAGAGCGGCUCGGGCAGUGAGGAGACCGGUAGCAGCGAGGGCCGCCCGUCGCCCCCGGGGGCCAUGGGGAGGUUCAACAUUCCCUACGAGCCGGAGAGCUUCGGGGACAACUUGUACAUGUGCAUCCCCUGCGACAAGGGUUUCCCAAGCUCUGAUCAGCUCAAUGCCCACGUGGAAAGCCACACCGAGGAGGAGCAAUACAGCAACUCCGGAGGAGAGAUGGGCAUCGGCAACCCCAAAACCAACAGCGGAGCUGCCAACGGUAACGGCAGCCUGAACAGCAACGGCAGCCUGAGCAGCCUGUCCUACCUGGAGGGGAAGUCCAGCCAGAGCCUGGGCUCUGGGGGCCUGGGGGAGAUCAUCAGGCCCUACCGCUGCUCCUCCUGUGAGAAGUCCUACAAGGACCCGGCCACCCUGCGGCAACAUGAGAAGACCCACUGGCUGACCCGGCCCUACCCCUGCAGCAUCUGCGGCAAGAAGUUCACCCAGCGCGGCACCAUGACCCGUCACAUGCGCAGCCACCUGGGCCUCAAGCCUUUCGCCUGCGACCACUGCGGCAUGCGCUUCACCCGCCAGUACCGCCUCACCGAGCACAUGCGCAUCCACUCUGGCGAGAAGCCCUACGAGUGCCAAGUUUGCGGCGGGAAGUUUGCCCAGCAGCGCAACCUCAUCAGUCACAUGAAGAUGCACAGCAGUGGCGGCGGCGGAGGGGGCCUCACGGCCGACGGCAAGCUGAAGCUGGACUUUGCAGAGGGGAUCUACCCGCUGAGUAAAUACGCCGCGGAGCACCUAGGGCUGAAGCAGGAGAAGGCCUCCGAGCUGCUGGCAGAGCAUGCCAAGGCCAUGGAGAGUCUGUACCCGCUGUCCAAACUGGCAGCGGAACACCUGGGACUCACCCACCAUGACAAGAUGGAUGUCCUGGGGGUCCAGGCCCUCCAUCCUCCACCAGGGUCCCUUUCGGACUCCCACUCCCGUACCAUUGACCGCUACUCCCCCAGCUAAGACCCAUAGACCGGUCACUCUUAGCACGGGCCCACAACGGACAGCGCUCUAAGGACGUUCACCUCAACACCUUACAUCAGUAUCUGCGCCUCAGACUCUGGCCAAUACCUGGGUCUAAAGAUGAACACAAACUGUGUAGAAUCUGAUAAGUGCUUUACCUUGCAACGUUUGCAUUAUAUGCAUUUUCAAAAGCCUUCCUAGAAGGGGAACUGGGCUAUUUAUAUUAUAUUUUCACCAAGGAAUAACCAGUCCAAAAAUGACAGUAUUUAUGUAGAUGCAACUCUGUUAUGAAACCACCAGACUAAAACCCAAAACUAAUUGAAACCAAAAACAUGUUGUGUACAUAAUGAAAAACCAAAGAAACUGUUGCAAGAAAGUUUUGCAAUCUGACCCUAAACCUGUGUACUAAGCAUUGUACUUGUAUAUAAAGGGAAAAAAGCACACAUGGACAAGAUUCAGGGCUUCUUACAGGACUGAAAAGAACUUUGGACAAAGGAAAAAGCUUUGGGAUUUGCAAGUGAUUUAUACACUUUUUCUUAAUUACGUUUUUUGGGGUGCUGGAUUUUCUCCUUGCCCAGCUGUACUCCAUGCUCCAGCUGUUGUAGUCACGAGGGGAGGACUGACGAAAAGGCACAAAGUUUAGGUAAAGUAAGCUAGGCUUUGUUUUCCACUAUUGUUUCAUAAUACCUGAUCAUGUUUUGUACCAAGAAGCACAUUCUAAUGACAGUAAGAGCAGCUUAACGACUCUUAAACCUAGUGCCCUCACCCUUUGAACCCAUAACCUCGCUUCACUUUUUGUCAGUUUCGAAUUGCAUCCCGGUGCCUUCAGAUUUGUUAUUGAAAAGUAGCGAGCAGCACAACCCUGUGAUCUCACAACUGGGACGCAUCAUGGUGCAUACCCAACGAAUGAGACGCUAAUCCUUCUCUGUGGCUUUAAAUCCAUCCAGUGGUGUAAAGGGUGGACCAGCGCGGGUGUUGCCUGUGACAUUGUGUAAUAUUUACAAUGGUGGGCGCAGCUGUACAGCUCACCAGAGGAGAGCACAGAGAGGCCAUCCAAGCCGGGGCUGAAAGGCUACAGCCAAUUACCAUCAAUCAGUCACCAUCAAUAGUGGCGAUUUCCGCCGACACGGCGAUUCGUCAUGACGGACAGUUGUCCCCCUGUCGCGGACGACACCCCGUUAAGCCUUUCCGAAGCCCCCGUGAAGUCUCCGCUGCUUCUGCACCAGCCCUCCUCACUUCUCGAACACACACACAGAUGCACGCACGCACGCACACGCGCGCGCACGAACAUACAGGGGCUCAGGGGCCGCUAAUGCGACAACGUUGCGGACUGGAGAGCAGGUGCCGGGCCGCUGGACUGGGCUCGGCGGACGUGGUGCGGUGGUCGUCUGGCCCAGUGGCGUGGGCGAACCCAGCUGCUGAGCUCCCUGUCCUCCAGUAAUCCCUGUGAAAUCCCCCCAUUCUCCCUGACAAUUCACACUGUCUGUCAGCCCCACGCCGCAUUUCAUGCCUGCCAUCUAGCCCCUCUGAUCCACAUUAUAACAAGACACCGGAGCCCUGCAGACCCCCCCCCCCCCCCACACACCGCUGACAGGCUGUCAAACAGGCCACAGUAUAGCACAGGGGCUCGUGUCCAAAUCAGUUGGCUGACCAGUUCCUUUAAAAAAAAAACAAUCGGCACUUACGAGUUGGGGGAUGGAGGCACACUCGUUCUUUUGUUUGAAUCAUGUCAUUCUAAUCCCAAAGAAGCAUGCAGCCUUUUUGUUUUUCUGCUUUGUCAAACCUUGUAUCCGAUUGGAGUUUGUUGACCACUAUAGUGCCAAUGCCAACCUCAGUAGGUAAAUGUGAAGACUAAAGCCAUGAAUGCACUGUGAUAGACUUAAUUCAUCUUGAUGCCUUAAACUUAGCUUGGUGACUGAGACAGUAAGCCCUGUUGUUAGGAUUGUAUUAAUGUGCAGCCAUUAACGUGAGGGCUUAAUUGUGUAGCAUUAUGAGCAUAUCAAGGGGUCGUUUUACUUUCACAUAUUUGAACCAAAGCAAAGUGAAACUGGUGCUUACCUCAGGACUGAACCCAGCAUGGGGACGCAACGCUUCAGCUACACAGCAGCCAAACAAUACAGACUUACACACGCGCACACACACACCUGCACAGACACACACACACACACACACACACACACGUUAUAAUAUUGUAUUUUAAUUAUUUUUUUGAGGGGACAAUAGUCCUUUGUUAAACCUGUGGUUAUUUCAAAUUUUGAAAUGUUUUACUUUUCUUAAAGUUUUGUUCAUAACGUGAUAUUAAUGUUUUCUGCUUUCAUCUUAAUAUUCUGUGUACAUUUUUUGCCUUCUUUUUUUGACUGUCCUCAAAGAGGCUUCUAUAUGGGUCUGACCAAUGACGUUAUCUUAUUAUGUCAAGCCGGUGAUCUUAUUUCUUUUAACUUUAAUUCAACAGAAUAUACUUGUUAAUAAGUAAAUCAAAUGUCAGUGUUAACGCAAUACAGAAACAAAACAUUUACCCCCGGUUCCAGAGAAACAUAUACAUAUGCAGUCCGCCCGAGUUAGGUAUUUCAUCUCCACCCAAAGCGUUAAUGUUUAGUGACGUGUUUGGUUGCAUAUGGAGCGUGUUUUAUUUAUCAAUAUUCCCCUAAACAUAUAAACACUGGCUGGGCUGUGAGUGGAUGAAAGCUACAGUGUAGCCUCAAAUGGUUUGACCCAGUUCUGUGGAGGGGGCUUUCGGAGCUGAUGGGGAUAAUAUUCAGACUUAGACUGUGUGUGUACACUAUUUAUACACAAACACACUUUAAGCCAGCUUGUCUUGGACCGCAGGAGAUCCAGUGGUUCCCAUCACCCUACGUAGAACUCUAAAAUCCUCACUCCACAGUUCAUUUAGCGAGAAUGGUCUCAUAAAAGUCAUUUAGGCAUAGCUGUUCCGUUGUAAUGAAGUGGACGAGUUUGAAUGACGUGAUUUGGGGCAGAGGGGGAUAUCAAUACAUACGAGGUUGGACAACAAUCAUGUGAGGUCUCAUUGAAAAUAGGCAACGGCUCAUUUUAAGUGGACAUAUAUCGUGGGAAUGUAAAUCUCUCCAGCUCCCUUCCAUUCAUUAGUUCACUCUCACUGAAACUGUAUCUCCCGUUUUCCUUUUCCCGCACUGCUUAAACAAGAAGAAAUGUGUUUCCACUGCCACUCCAAAUCAGUACAGGAAGAGACAGCAAGAUAAUGUCCAGCGUUACUGUUCCGAGAUGACUCUUUGGUAUAGGGGAGCCAACUUUGUGUGUGUGUUGGGUUGUCUGUUUGUGUCCACAUACUAUUUGAGUAAAUGAAGGGCUGUUAAUAUAUGCUCUGGGAAUAGUUCUGGUGUGAAGGAGAGGGAAGUGAACUUUUGGCUGGUCUGUAGCGUUGAGCAGGAUGUGCUCUGUGUUUCUGCUCCCAGCCAGAUACAGAGGGAGAUGGGGAGGGAGAGGAGCAUGAGGAGGGAGAGGAGCAUGGGGAGGGAGAGGAGCAUGGGGAGCCCGGCAGGGUGAACAUGAGCCCAUUGUCUGAAUAUGAAAGACCCGGCCUUACUUCUAAUCCUCUCCAUUCAGAAAAAGUAAAAGGCCUUGGUUUCUCUGUUUCUUCUUUUGUUCUUUCCUUCCUUUUCUUGUUGGGGAGUAAACCACUGGUUACUCGCAUUGUACAGUGUUGUAAUUCCAGAAAGCUGUUCGAGAAAUGUACUUUUGUGAGUUUAUUACAAAAGAAAACGUCCCACUUUAUGUGCUUUUUGGAGGGGCCAGUUCAAAGGAGGGCUUUCCCUGGCAAACCUGGUUAGGAAAAAGAAGAGCAGCCUCCAUAUCACCACUAUUACAUUUGACGUUUGCUGAACAGCAUGUGCCAGGGGAAGGUUAGCACUGGGCUCUCAGUGCUGGUGGUCAAUACAAGACGAGAGAGAAAUAAAGCUCUGUCCGUUUUGAUGCAGGGGAAAUAUUUGUAUGAUUUAUUUUUUAAUUGCGAUAUUCAAAGUGCCUUAUACCAGCAUGGAAGGCUGACUCUGCCUUUUUAGAAAAAGCAAGCAAUAAUUAUAAUAGCAUUCAGUGCAGACUUGAUGCCAUUUUCCCCUGUCAGUUUUCAAAAUAAUGUUAAGUUUUACUCCUGUGAUUUUUGUAAGAAAUAUUUUUCAGAUAUAUCAUUUUUGAGAUGUAUAAAAAUAUAGUUAUGGGGUUAGUAAUCCCAGGCCUUAUCCAUAUGUCAGUCACCACUAAAUGAACCUGCAGUACGUUGGUGUGUUGCCAGUGUUGUGUUGUUGUAGGUGAUGUUUGGUGUAACCACAAUGCACCUGUCCAUCUGUGUUGUUGGCCUGAAGUUUCCCACAGUGGACUAGGCUGAAAUAGAAGGGAGGGACACUUGACACUUUCAAGGGUCUUUAUUACAAGCAGCUGCUUUCGAUUUAUUCUCCAAAACUGCACUUUUCUGGGGAAAUCAUUGAAUUAUGAUUUUAUUACCCUUGUGACCUUCUAAAACUCUCCUCAAUCGCCUUUUCUCUCACACGUUACUUCCUCGCCGUCUCCGCAAUCCGACCACCAGACUCCCGCUUUUUCCUGCCUCAUUACCUCAAAAGCCCUGCUCUUCCACCUCCCCGUCUGUCUCCUGGUCUCUUCAUGACACUCGGCACAAGCUGCUCCCCUGCGCCUCCCAUUCUCCCCAUCCUCUACUCCUCCCCUCUCCCAUGAUCAAGAUGCUUCCAGCUGUUUCUCAUGCUGAAGAAAACAGUUGUCUAAAUGUUUAUGCGAGCAACUACUUUCUUUUACUUAACGCACCGAUCAAGUUCCUAAAUGAACUCCGUGGCAUGUGUUAGAAUAGAUGGAUUAUGGGUCAAAUACAACAUUUGAUGACCUUACUAUGUAUUUGCUUUUCAAGCCCAAAGAAUUAUAUUACAAAGGAAGAUAAUAGAGACAGAUCAUCAUUAGGAAUUGUAGGAUAAAAUGUGAAAGAAAUUGCGUAAUGGGGAAAUAUGCUAAGGAAGACGCCAGUAAAGUAAACAUGAGUGGAUGAAAUUGCACAAUUGAGCCGGACCACAGCUUCAACAGCAAUGUGCUGCGAUGGAAAGAGAUAAAGAACAAUGUAGAAAAAAAGGACACGUUUGAGGGAGGAUGUUUUACCAGAGUCAUAGCUGAAGUACACAAUAUAGGGAAAAAAAACAUUUUUUACAAAUCCAUUACUUCUUUUUUUAUUUAUUUGCACAGCAACUUAGUUGGAUGAUGUUAUUUUAUAUUGUCUUCAUUUGGAAAAAAAGAAUUAUAGGGGAAUAUUCUUUUUCAGACACUGAGCUGAUGCUGAGUUUGAUCUUGGCAUCUCAGUCUGACUGCCCUCAGUGUUGGUGUGUUCUAACCAGUCUACAAAUCAUCACCCAGUCUCUAUAUGACUGAGACAGACAGUCUUUGUACUAGCAGAGGAGAGUGGCUGUGGCUAGUGGCUGCUGUCUGUUUAGCUUGGAGCGACUCACUCUGUUGUUCUGGCCCAUCAGGCAGUGAGACGCAGUCAAACUGCAGACAUGAUCAACAGACCAAGCAGAUGACGGUUAACCUUAGAAUAUCAUAUUGACAUUUCUCAAGGCUUUACUUAUGGUACUUCUCCUUAAGUGAAUUGACUGAAACAACAAACAACUGGGAGGAAAAACAAUUUAAUUGAAAUUAGCAGUACCCAGUUUCCGAUCUAAUCUGGGGUCCGAUAGUCAUGCAUGAGUACUCACACACAAGCACACAGACACAAAACGCAUGCACACGCACACACGAAUGAACACACACACACAGCUGGAUGGCAAAUUGCCCUGUCGCUGUUCGGGCUCGCUGUUCCAGAUUAGGUUAGAUUUAAUUAAGCUAACCCUGCUUCUUUUGGAGUGUCGGUUCUUGUAGAAAAAGUCAUUACUAAAGCUAAGGCAAUGUUACUGACGGCCAGAACUAAACACUGAGAGCCUGCCAGAAUGUCACAGAGCCCAAGGGUCCACAUACACUCCCAUACACAGACAUCCAUUUGCAUGAAACACUCACGCACACACACAAGCGCAUGCAUGCUCGGGCUGCAAGCGGUUGGAGCGGAGCAUUGGGCCAGAAACAGAAAGGCUGCUGGUUCGAAUCAGCCUGCCAACAAGGUGAUCUGUCAAUCUGCCCUUGAGCAAGCCACUUAACCCGAAUUACUGCAGGGUCAGUGUGGAUAAUGGGGAGAGGAAGAUAAAGACAGACGCGCUAAUCUUAAAAUCUUAAAACCUCACUGAUUCAGAACUUAUGUUCUCAACUUGCCAGGAAGAAAAUUGAACUUUUUACCAAACCAACAACAAACCAGUAUUCCAGUACAAUAUUAAAGCGCUUUCUAUAAAAUAAGAGGUUUGAAUACAAAGCAAUACACAAGAAACCAAACAGUAUUUUUCUACUUUACAUCUUCGACAUUGUUCUUAUCUCGCUUUAGUGAAAUGAAUGUAUUUAUUGCAUGUCAAAAUGUUUUAUAGGAUUUCUUUGUCUUUUUUGUUGUAAAUUUGAAUUGUGGGUUAUAAUUAUUUUCUUUAAUUCAAAUGUUUUAAUGAAUCAUGUUUGAUGAGGCUUUUAUUUGUUUUAAAAGCCAUUGUGAAAAUGUCAUGUUUUUGUUUGUUUCUAUACUCAAAAUGAACUUGGCAAUAAAAAGUAAUUGCAUAAUGGUUUCACAAA